GUAAACCGAGACGAUGGUUAAAAUCCAACCCCAGCAAAGCGGAAACAGUUCACCUUCGUGUUUAUCCUCCUCUCUCUUUCUUGCCAACUGACGUUUCUCAUCUUAAAUACAAGAAAGAAGGAACGAAGGAAUUCGAACCCAAGCCCAAAAGACGAUUUUCCAACAAGAUAGAGAGCUCUGUAUCUUCUCCGAUUCCUCCAGAGAAGCUUCUCUUCUCCCUCCUCUGUUCUCAGCCUGCGGUGAUCGCCGCGUUCUCAGGUACGUGCUCUUCGAACGAGGCUCUACCGCUUCUCUUCAACCCCUGUGAUGGAUUCCAUGGCUUCUUUUUGCUGUUUUUGCCCUCCAUUUCCUCAUAGAUUCAUAAAGAUGCCGUCUUUUCCCGAUUGUAUGUUGGGUGGUGUCCGAUUUGCUUCCCUGUGUGCAGAGGCUUUUCUGGAAAGCCAAUCGAUUAUGGAAAUCUGUGGGGUGAUAUAGUAGAUAUCAAGUCACUGCGGUGAUUUCGUUAGUUUUUCUAUUUCUGGGAUGAUUUGAAGCUUUUUUCUUCAUUUUUUCCCCUCAUUUUCCUGGUAUUAUAUCGGACGAAUUCGUCGAACUUUUUUGGAAAAGACGAUGAUUUUCAGUUUCUAUUUCUGGAAAAUGUGGGCAUUUUUAUCUCUCUAUAUAUAGGAGAAGGAGGGUUGAUCCGAAGAUGGAAAAAAGGGUUUCUACGGCGUUUUCAGUACAACUCCAAUCGGAAAAGAUAGAUUACCUAUGUUUCAGGUGAAGAAAUUCACGAAUUGGGAGGCAACUGGUUUAAAUUUUUUCUGCAUAUAUGAGCUUCAGGACUUGACAUCCAAGUCUGUUUUUUGAAUAGGAAUCUUACUUCUACAGCUUGUUAUUGAGAACCUUAAACUAUUGGGCAAUGAUGGUGUCAAAAUCAUGUGCAAACCUUUUUGAUAUGGGAUCUAAUGGUGCUUUUGACUUCAAUCAGGCUGUUAGGUCACUUCCUAGAGUGAUGACUUCUCCUGGUAUUAUUACGGAUAUAGAUGGGGUUAUGAGCAGUGAUGAGGAUUCUGAUACUUCGACUUCUUUGUUCUGUGAUCGGAAAAUCAUAGUAGCAAAUUUCCUUCCACUUCAUACUUCAAAGGAUCAAACCAAUGGAACAUGGUGCUUCACAUGGGAUGAGGACUCACUUCUGCUGCAGCUAAAAGAUGGCUUUUCUUCUGAUACUGAAGUUCUCUACAUAGGUAGUUUAAAGGUUGACGUAGAUGUUAGUGAGCAAGAAGAGGUCGCUCAAAAGCUCCUUGAGGAUUACAGGUGCAUACCCACUUUCCUCUCUCCAGAUCUCCAAAAGAAGUUCUAUCAUGGCUUCUGUAAACAGCAACUAUGGCCUCUUUUCCAUUACAUGCUUCCCAUCUGCCUUGACAAGGGUGACCUUUUCGACCGUUCUCUUUUUCAGGCUUAUGUUUCUGCCAAUAAAAUAUUUGCAGACAAGGUUGUAGAGGUUAUCAACUCAGAAGAGGACUAUGUAUGGGUUCAUGACUAUCACCUUAUGCUGCUCCCCACUUUCUUAAGGAGACGACUGAACCAAGUGAGGCUUGGUUUCUUUCUCCACAGCCCAUUUCCCUCCUCAGAGAUCUAUAGGACACUGCCAGUUAGAGAUGAAAUCCUCCGGGCAUUGCUUAAUGCUGAUCUUAUUGGUUUUCAGACAUUUGAUUAUGCUCGGCAUUUCCUUUCUUGCUGUAGCAGGAUGUUGGGCCUGAACUACGAAUCUAAGCGUGGUUAUAUUGGAUUGGAAUACUUUGGCCGUACAGUUAACAUCAAGAUUCUCUCAGUGGGAGUUCACAUAGGCCGGAUUCAAUCGGUGUUAAAUUUUCCUGAAACAGUUACUAAGGUUCAAGAGAUCGAGCAGAAAUUCAAGGGGAAGAAAUUGUUAUUAGGUGUAGAUGACAUGGAUAUCUUUAAAGGCAUCAGUCUGAAAUUGCUUGGAUUGGAGCUUUUACUGGAGAGGUAUCCCAAACUAAGAGGAGAGGUAGUCCUUGUACAAAUUGUCAAUCCUGCAAGAAGCAUGGGAAAAGAUGUGAACGAAGCAAGAGAGGAAGCAAUAUCUAUAGCUAAAAGGAUCAACCUUUCCUAUGGUGCUCUUGGUUACGAUCCGGUGCUCCUUAUUGACAACCCUAUUCCUUUUUAUGAAAAAAUUGCCUUCUAUGUGGCAGCAGAAUGUUGCAUUGUAAAUGCUGUUAGAGAUGGCAUGAACUUAGUCCCAUAUGAGUACAUUGUCUGCAGACAGGGAACUGAGGAGAUGGAUAAACGUAGGGGUGUUGGUUUGGAGUUAACUCGCACAAGCACACUUAUUGUCUCCGAGUUCGUAGGUUGCUCUCCAUCUCUUAGUGGGGCUUUCAGGGUCAACCCUUGGAGCAUUGACGAUGUGGCUGAUGCUUUAUAUCAAGCAACUGACUUGUCAGUAUCUGAGAAGCAACUGCGUCAUGAAAAACAUUACCGCUAUGUCAGCUCCCAUCAUGUUGCUUAUUGGGCCCGCAGCUUUGACCAAGAUCUGGAGAGAGCAUGUAAAGAUCACUACAACCGAAGGUGCUGUGCCAUUGGAUUUGGCUUAGGUUUCAGAGUUGUUGCCCUUUCUCCUAGUUUUAGAAAGUUGUCCUUUAAUCACAUUAUUUCCUCAUACAAGAAAACCCAUAGGAGGGCAAUAUUUUUGGAUUAUGAUGGUACCCUUAUUCCUGAAGCAUCUAUCAAUAAAACUCCAAGUGCAGAUAUUGUAUCCAUCCUGAACAACUUGUGCAGUGAUCCAAAAAAUACUGUGUUUAUUGUCAGUGGAAGAGGACGGACUUCUCUUGGUGAAUGGUUUGCACCCUGUGAUGCCCUUGGUAUUGCUGCUGAACAUGGCUAUUUCAUUAGAUGGACAAAAGCCACUGAUUGGGAAUCUAGUUCAAGUGUUGUCGACUCUGACUGGAAGAAGAUUGCAGAACCUGUUAUGAGAUUAUAUACUGAGACAACAGAUGGCUCCUAUAUAGAACCAAAGGAGAGCGCAUUGGUAUGGCAUCAUCAGUAUGCAGAUCCUGACUUUGGUUCUUGCCAAGCCAAGGAACUGUUGGACCAUCUUGAGAGUGUUCUAGCAAAUGAGCCAGUGGUUGUUAGGAGAGGUCAGCACAUCGUGGAAGUUAAACCUCCGGGAAUUAGUAAAGGGCUGGUUGUGGAGAAGCUUAUCAGAACGUUGGUCAAUAGUGGGAAGCCACCAGAUCUUGUGAUGUGUAUUGGGGAUGAUCGAUCUGAUGAGGACAUGUUUGAAAGCAUCAAUAGUACAUCUUCAAGUAAUCUAUUUCCUGCAGUUCCAGAAGUGUUUGCAUGCACGGUUGGACAAAAGCCGAGCAAGGCCAAGUAUUAUCUCGAAGAUAGUGGUGAAGUGAUAAGAUUACUGCAAGGCAUUGCUGCUGUUUCAAGGCCAAAAAAUAAGAUAACCCACAAUCAAGUUUCCUUUGAAGGGCCGCACGAAGUGGAUGAUUAAGCCUAUUCCUCCUUUAGUUACUGGUGACAGCCUGUACAUUCUGAUGGUCUACAUCUUCUGAAAUCCAUAUAUCUUAGCAUAUUCUAAUGUUUGGAGUUCAUCUUUGGGAUCCUGACUUUGAUAAAGCCUUUUCUGUCAUCACAUUCAUAGGCAGUACGCAUUUGAACAGCAGGGCUAAUGACUGACUUGGAUAUGAUUGAAGGUGCCGACAUUGAAGGCAGUUUUGAAAGUGCAAGGAAUGUUUGAGGUAUUCUUUUGCGACAUUUCUAGAAGUCCGAGAUGCAGGAGACACCAUUAUUUUGUAUAGGAACUGGCACAUAUAACCAAUUAGCCAAACGUUAGUGAAUACAGUUUUCUAACUUCAGAGCUUUUGUUCACUUGCUUGAAUCUGUUUUUUCGGACGCAAUGUGUAUAUAUAUAUAUACAUAUUUAUAAAAAAUUCUCAUUUGUGUUUUCAUUCU